CCUGGAAACCUUAAAGUCCACAUGAGAGUUCACACUGGAGAGAAGCCUUUUAUCUGCCACUGGUGUGGAAAUGGUUUCAGUCAACAUGUAAAUCUGGAAGCUCACAUGAGAAUUCACACCGGAGAGAAGCCUUUCACCUGCAAAGAGUGUGGAAAAAGUUUCAACAGAAAAGGAAACCUUAAUAACCACAUGAGUGUUCACACUGGAAAGAAACCCUUCAACUGCCAUCUGUGUAGAAAAGGUUUUAAGGAAAAACGAAACCUUUACGCCCACAGGCGAAUUCACACUACAGAGAGAUUUUUUACCUGCCUACAGUGUGGAAAGAGUUUCAGUAAAAAAGGAAACCUUAAAGUCCAUAUUAGGAUUCACACUGGAGAGAAGCCUUACGCCUGCCAACAAUGUGGAAAAAGUUUCAGUAAAAAAGAAAACCUUGAAGUCCACAAGAGAAUUCACACUGGAGAGAAACCUUACGCCUGCCAACAAUGUGGAAAAAGUUUUGUUAAAAAAACAGUCUCUCAAAGGCACAUGAGAAUUCAUACGGGAGACAAGCCUUACAGCUGCAAACUGUGUGAAAAUAGUUUCAUUCAAAAAGGAGACCUUGAAAUCCACAUGAGAAUUCACACCGGAGAGAAGCCUUUCACAUGCACUCAAUGUGGAAGGAGUUUUACACGUAAACAAACUCUUAAUGCCCACAUAAGAAUUCACACAGGAGAGAAGCCUUACACCUGCCAAGAAUGUGGAAAAAGUUUCUCUUUAAAAGGAAACCUUGAAUACCACAUGAGAAUUCACACUGGAGAGAAACCUUACACCUGCCCACAAUGUGGAAAAGGUUUCAGUAAAAAAACAGCUUUUCGAAGGCACAUACGAAUUCACACAGGAGAGAAGCCUUACAGCUGCCAACAGUGUGGAAAGAGUUUCUCUCAAAACGGAACCCUCAAAGGCCACAUGAGAAUUCACACUGGAGAGAAACCUUUGAGCCAGACAAGGAUUCACUCGAUAGAAGGAUUUUAUGUUGCGGAAGGAGUUUCACAGACAAGAAUCAUGUAAUGACUCGUAUCACAGUAAAGAAUUCAUUGUGCCAUCACUGUUGAAAACUGGGCAAACCUUGAAAUUCACGUGAGAAUUUACAGUGAAGAGAAGCCUUUCACAUGCCGUCACUGAGGAAAACGCUUCUGAUCCAAAGAAAACUUAAUACUCACAUGAGGCAUCACACUGAAGAAAAUGUUUACGUUUACUACAUUUACUGUUAAAGGGUUAAUUCACCCAAAAAUUUAAAUUAGCCCAUAGUUUACUCACCCUCAAGGCAUCCUAUGCAUACUGUAUAUUACUUUUUUUCUUUCAGACGAAUCCAGAGUUACAUUACAAAAUUUCCUGACUCUUCCAAGCUUUAUUUUGUGGGUGGGUGCUUUU